UAUCGAUAGUCCGACGAUAAUAUUCCAUCCCUUGUACCCGCACAAUUGAAAUAAAAAAAAAAACUCAAUUUAAGAGUUUAAAAACCGAAAUGUCCGGGUUUUUCCAUUGAUAUGUUCUCUAGCCACCGACACCUGAAGCGGCGGACACCAGCGCAGGGCAUAGACCGGCGGGAAUACAUCGGGCACCUGGUUGAGGAGUUCCACACGACGACCAACAUCGAGGCUCAGGAGCAGGUGACUGCGAAUUUGGCCAAUUUCGCCUACGACCCCAUAAACUGGCCCUAUCUACUCGAGGCUGACGCACUGGACGUUUUCGUGGCAUCGCUGGAGUCGCAGGACCAGCACUUGAAGCUACACGGCAUUGCAGCAUUGUGUAACAUCUGUUUGGACAAAAGUGCGGCUAAAUUCAUUAGGGAGCACCUGAAUCUCCUCAUCGGUCUUUUUGUGCGCACGGACCACCCGGAAAUAGUGCUCCAUAGCCUAGCGCUCUUCUACCAGCUUCUGGAGGGCGGCCAGGUGGACAGAGAGUUGCUGCUGACCCCUUCGUUGCUGCGGACCGUGCAGGAGUGGCGGCUAAAGGCCCAGGACCAACGCAUCGUCAAGCUGUUCGCCCCGCAGCAGGUUCAAGUUGUUAAGCGAUUCUCACAAAGCGACCUAGAGCAGUUUGCCCAGUUUACUGGCGAUCACAACUACAUCCACAGUCUGGACACACCCGUCGAGGAGCGGCGUGUGCAUGGAGCACUGCUCAAUGCCGUGGUGGCGGGCAUAAUCGGCACCAAGCUGCCGGGACCCGGCACCGUCGUACUGGAGCAAAACUUUCGCUUCCUGAAGCCCUGCCGCAUCGAGACGGACACGGUGGUGACAGUACGCCUUCUGGAGGCGCGUAAAAUAGCCACCGUGGAGUACGACUGCCGGCAGAACGACGAGGUGGUGUUCGCCGGCAGAGCCAAGUUACUGACCCGCAGCCAAACAGACUAGAGUUAGUUAAAUAAAAAGACUACUUUGUA